AUGGCUGAUAUUGAAGUUCCAGAUUCGCCUACAAUAUUUGGCAGCGAUGCAGGAUCGUCGCCAACUUUAUCAGGCAAAAAAAAAAUAUCUUAAAAAUCAGAGUAGAAAGAUUCUAACGAGAAUGUGAUUACAUUGCGCAGGAAGAUAUCAGACUGCGAAGAGUAUUAAUUGCAAUAAUGCGAUAAUUUUUCUUUAGAUAACAAACAACUUUAUAAUAAAUUUCCUGCUGGAUUUAGCAAAAUUGAAGAGGUAGAUGAAGAAGAUGAAGCAAAUCAGGGUUAAUCUCAAGUGAAAAAAUUUUAUGAAUCUGGUGGUAGCGAUUAGGAAGAUGAGAGUCCUAAUGUCCAUACAUAUGUAUCAAAUACUCAACUAAAUUGCAAUUCUGUUUCUAUGAAAUAAAUUGACAGUCUUGAAGAUGAUUACUUCAGGGAUGCUAAAAAAAUUAGAAAGCAAAAUGCAAAGCAAGGAUAAGAAGAUCCUCGCAUUUAUAUAGUAAGAAAUCUAGAUACAGGAGAAGAAUUUGACUCUAGAAGUAGUGAAAUAGAUUCAAAAUUCUCUUACUCUUCAUUAGUAAUGAAAACAACUGCUUCUCAGACUCAUGAUUCUAAUCAGUUUAAUUGCUCAGAAGUGAGCAUUUUGCCUUCUGAGUAAAAUUGGAAGUAAUUUUGGAAUAAAGUAAAGAAAAACAACCUAUUGCUUCUUGAUUAUUGUGAAAACGGUGACUUAUAAAAACUUCAAAUACUACUCUCUGAUAAGUAGCCAAUACCUACAUAAGUCAAUUUUAAAAGCAUAGAUAAUUGGACAGCUUUGCAUUUCGCUGCAUCAAGUGGCAAUCACGAAAUAGUGGAAUUUUUACUGCAAUAAGGUGCAGAUCCCUUUUCAUAAAGCUCAAUGCAAAGAACUCCUUUACAUUCAGCUGUUAUUAGAGGUAGUUUGUUGUGUACUUAGCAAUUAGUUGAAAAAGGAGGCAAAAAAUUAAUUGAUAUAUAGGAUAAAGAUUUUAAUACUGCUCUUCACCUUGCCUCUGAAAAUGACCAAAUUCAAAUUGUUGAAUUCUUAAUUUAAAACAAAGCUAAUUUUUCACUUAAAAAUCAUAAAAAUUUAUCUCCCUUCCAAUUGAGCAUUUCUCAAGAAAUGAGAUAAAUUUUCUAAAAUUAUUCAGCCACUGAUUCUUAAGAGGAUUAUGCCAGACUCUCAGUAGGUGGCUUAGUCAAAAGAAACAAUAGGGCUGAUCACGUAGCAAAACUUCUUGUAAUGACUUAAACAGCUCAAAAGUGUUAAGAAUAAAGAAAAAUAUAAAUUAUUGAAGACAAGCAAAGGCUUCUUAAGGAACUUUCUUGGAAAGAUUUUAGAUUUAUUAGUAAACUAGGAUAGGGUUCUUUUGGUGAAGUAUAUUUGGUAGAAAGAGAAAAAAAAUUAUUUGCUAUGAAGAUCUAAAACAAGCAGUAAGUUGUCUAAAAAAACUUAUAAAGAUAUGUCUAAACAGAAAAGAAAGCAUUAAGUUUAUUUAAUCAUCCGUUUAUUAUCAAACUUCAUUAUGCAUUCUAAAAUGAUUGGUACCUUUUUAUGGUCAUGGAGUAUGCUGAAGGUGGUGAUAUGGGAAAUUAUCUGAAUAAAAGAAAUAAAUUACCAGAGGAUGAAGCAAGGAUAUACACAGCUUAAAUUGUUCUGGCUCUUGAAGAAUUACAUAAAUAAGAUAUUAUUUUCAGAGAUUUAAAACCUGAUAACGUAGUUUUAGAUCACUUAGGAAAUGCAAAAUUAACUGAUUUUGGACUUUCAAAAGAAGGAAUAAAAGAAAAUACUUUCACUAAAUCAUUUUGUGGGAGUGUAGCUUAUUUGGCACCCGAAGUCCUUGCUAAAAGACCUCACUCUAGAACUGUUGACUGGUAUUUACUGGGAACUUUCCUUUAUGAAUUACUUGUUGGUAUUCCACCUUAUUAUGAUAACAAUAAAGAAAUUCUAUAUGACAAUAUAAGGAGAGGACCAUUAAAAAUUCCUAGAUCUAUGUCAGCUGAUGCUAAGGAUUUAAUUAAACAAUUACUUAAUAGAAACCCAAAAGAAAGACUCGGUUCAAAAAGAGAUUCUGAAGAGAUAAAAGAGCAUUAAUUCUUUAAAAAUAUUUGUUGGAAUGAUAUUUAUACAGGAAAAGUAAAGGCUCCGUCUUUUGAUGUUCCUAAAGUAGAUACAAAGCCAACCUUGACAAACAUAAAUUUUGAUAACAGACCUAAAUAAUCUGAUUAAAAAUCUCACAGCAAUAAACAAAAUCAAGCCAGUCAUUCAAGCUAAUAAAAUAUUGGCAAAAUAGAUAAAUGGUCUUACAUAAGUUGA